UAGAUAUGAAUCAUAAGGACUAUAGAUUAGAACUAAUUAAAAAUCUAAUUGUUGAUGCAUCAGAUAAUCAUUUAAAAUGUGUAACAAGAAGUAAAGACCAAAUUCAACUUGAAGAAAAAAAAGAUAACACAAAAAAGAUUAGAAUUAAUGAAAAUUUUGAAUUAUCAUUAGAUAGAUUUAUUGGUAAUGAUCAUCUUCCAGUAUAUAAUGAUAAGAGAGAUUCAUUGUAG